AUGUUCUCCAAGUUCGAUUCCAAGCGAGCUGGUAUGCUGAAUGGCAAAGUCUCGCAAGCAUCAGCGUUUACAGUAAAGACGGAGCUCAACAGCCCUCCUUCCUCGUCAAAAUCUCCCACGGAAAAUAAGACUCAGUCCAUCACUAAGGUCCUGAGCUCCAGAAGCAAGUCCAAACAUGGCUGCUUAACUUGCAAAGUGAGAAAGAAGAAAUGUGAAGGCACUAAGCCCGUGUGUCGGGACUGUCAACGGUUCAGUAAGGAAUGCGUGUGGAUAGAUUAUGAUUCGAUGAAGGUGGAGGAGAUACGACGUCUUAGGAUGAAAGUGAAGGAGCAAGAGAGCUAUAACAAGGUUAGGAUCCGAAGGCCUCACCCAAAGAGCUCGCAAGCAUCUUCCUCACUGAUCAAGUCGACUACAGAAGCCCCGAAUAAGGCAAACCCACGUCCCGUAAGCCAGGCACCUCAAGAAAUGAGCAAGCCUGAGAUCCAGCUACCUCAUGAAAAGCCUUAUGAGAACCCUCGAAAGCGUCAGGAUUUGAGCAAGCCUGACGUUCAACGUCAUCUAGAUGAUACUGAACCUGGGGUGCAGCAAGCUCAAAAAAAGCCCAAACCUGAUACGGAAUCUGUGCCUUUGUCUGAUUCACAUAUCUCACUGCCAUAUGCACAAGCGUUACGUGAAGCUUAUCCAGUGCAGCUAAAUCCGACCAUAAGCCACCCUAAUGACGAUGUGAACUACAUUUCUUUGGGUGACAUUCAUCAUGAUUCGAUAGUGAGAAGCAGGUCUUUCACUAACGGCUUUGAUGCCUUCUCUAUGACAAGAGGUGGCUCGCCUCGUCCUUUCUCUCCAGCUCCCAUGGACAUUGAUGGCCUUGAAGAUACCGAUGCAUCCGCUAAUCCGUCAGAGUUUUUUAAUUUCCUCAAAGAGUAUUCUGCAUUUCUGGGUAGUUUGAGUGCUGCUCAAUCACCACAACAAGUUUCGGAGCUGCAAACGAACAAUAACAACGACGAGUCCCUUGUCAAGCAUUCUCUUAAUUUCAAUAUUCCCGGGUUCUUGGAUCAGGUAAAUCAUAUACCUGUCUCAUCAUCAUCGCAACUCAGCCAGUUGGCAUCUGCAUUCAAUGCUGCAUUCAUACCACCACCAAAAGUCCCUCCGCCGGUUCUUCCAGAGCUUGACGCUUCUGGACGCUACUUAUAUGAUUACUACGUGAACACCCUCUCGAAAAAGGUUUCGAUUGCGCCUCUUAGCCAAAAUGAGUCUAACUCUUACCAAAAAGUUUUUUUGCCGUUGGCUCAAAGAGAUAAAGGAGUCUUGUGUGGUAUUCUUGCGUGGGCUGGCUUUCACUUAGGUGGACAGUGGACUGCUGAGGCAUCCAUGUAUGCGGAAUCUGCCGUUAAAUUACUCACCCAAGAUAUAGAUUUCAGUGGCUCACUUCCCGCUUUCCAUGAGGAUCGUCGUUCUAUAUUGAAUAAGCUAGCCAUAAUCCUUAUUUUGUGUGGUGCUGAGAUUUGCCGCGGUGACGUGAAAUACUGGUCAGUGUACCUCAACUGGGGCUGGAAGCUUCUUAAAGAUAAUGGAGGUAUCACCAAAUUUGAUAAUAACAAGGAAGAGCACUGGCUUAUAACCAACUUUGCGUACCAUGACGUACUAGCAAGUUCCGUCAAUGAACGUGGCACGUAUUUUCCCCUCGAGACCUACCAAAAGAUUUUCAAAGACCCACAAGGAGUUUCUAAAGGCAAUUUGAACCCGUUGCUUGGUGUAUCGAAGAUCCUCUAUAGAUACAUCGCCGAAAUUAGCUCAUUGUCAUUGGACUGCAAGAAUGAGCUUGAAGCGUACUAUCGACGCCAGUCUCCAAAGGUGUCACCAGAAAAUUUCGAUACCGAAGCAUCGUGCUCCCCAGAGUCGGUAAGAAUAAGGGAUGAGACUGCUCUGGAAGUAAGUGAUCAUGGUAAAGUCGGGUCAAUCCUUUACUCUAUAACUGCACGGGCAAAAAAGAUCGAGUAUAAGAUCGACACCGCGAAGCCUGAUCCUGAUGAUUUGGAGAACCUAAACGAUGCUGACUUGGAGUUGCAGCUCAUGUGCUUCGAGGCAUACCAGCUCAGCUGCAAAUUGUUCCUCCGACAGGCAAUUCUAAAGCUCAAUCCUUCCACAAUCGAGUCUCAAAUUCUUAUGAAUGACCUAAUGAAAUGUGUAAGGGUCCUUGUUGAAACACCAAUGCAAGCUUCUUUGGUUUUCCCUCUCUUCAUUGCUGGCAUACAUUCAGUGGCAGAGUUCGACAGAGAGCGCAUGCGGGACAUUCUUAACCAGAUGAUGGAGACGUAUGGGCCAUGGAAUGUGGUCAGAAUCAAGUACGUCAUGGAGAAAGUCUGGGAACAGAACCCAGAUGGUGACAAAGUUGUUGAUUGGCUCGCGAUAUUGAAGCAGUUGGGUUGGGAGAUUAACUUUGCCUGA